AUCACCCACCAGGGUUUCAGAACAGGUGAUUCCAAAAGCUGGAACGUUUGUGAUGCCAAAAAGGAAGCCGAACUCUUCAGAAAACAAAAGCCUGCGAGGACAGAAAAUAUAGGACGAAAAACCUGACUUGACAACUGAACAGGAGUCUACUGUGGCCUGAAAGCAAAGAAGAACAAAACAAACAAAAUGAUUGCUUGAGCUUGGAGAAUUCCACUUGUACAAAGUAACUGCAUUUAAAGGCGAGCACAGAAGAAAACCUUCUUUACUGCUGUUAGGCUUGAGACAAAAACAAAAAAAGCUGACAAGAAAACCUUAGAGAUCUGCCCACUGUUGCACCAAGUGUGGCAGCGGUGCAUGACCGGGGCUAUGAGGGUCUUCAACAAAGACCUCCGUCUGCAGGACAUCACCAUCAUGUACUUCACUGCUCUUGCUGCUCUCAUGGUCAUCUUGGUGGCUUCAUAUCAGGCCCCAGGUGAGCCCGUUGAAGUGUCCGGUCUUAAGCAUGAACCUCUCCCAAUGCCUUUUCGUGUGCACCUUGACCCACGCAAGGAGCUCCAGCUGGCUUGGAACAUCAGCUACGCUAAGCAGGAGGUUUACAUGGAGCUGAGGGUUGCAAAGCUCAGACACGGCGUGGUGCUGGGGAUGUCCGACCGAGGUGAGCUGACCAACGCUGACCUGGUGGUGCUGUGGGACGCUGGAGACAAGAGCUACUUCGGGGAUGCAUGGAGCGACAGCGAGGGGCACGUAUCACUGGACAGCCAACAAAACUACGAGCUGAUUGAAAACAAACAAAAGGCGGAUGGAUUUUAUCUGCUCUUCAAAAGACCAUUCAGCACCUGCGAUCCCAGAGAUUACCUCAUAGAGGAAGGAACUGUGCACAUCAUCUAUGGGUACUUGGAUCAACCACUGGGCUCUCUGGAAGAGCUGAAUCUGUCCAGCAUCCACACAGGGGUACAGCGAGUGUUGCUGCUGCGUCCUGACACACCAUCACCUACCCUGCCUCCUGAUGUGCAGACACUAGCUGUUGUGGCGCCGGAUGUCACCAUACCAAGCCAGGAGACCACCUACUGGUGCCACACGCAGAAGCUGCCUGAAAAUAUGACAAAGAACCACAUCGUCAAGUAUGAGUCUGUGAUAACUCCAGGUAAUGAGGCCAUCGUGCAUCAUAUAGAGGUGUUUGAAUGCUCGCCAGAUAUCCGUGACGUUCCACAGUACAGCGGCCCCUGUGAUGACAAGAUGAAACCGGGAAAGCUCAAUUCUUGCCGCCAUGUGCUAGCUGCAUGGGCUAUGGGGGCUGAGGCUUUUUACUAUCCCCCUGAUGCAGGGCUGGCCAUGGGAGGUCCAAAUUCCUCACGGUUCCUUCGUCUGGAAGUCCAUUACCACAACCCUCUCCUGAUAUCUGGCCGACAUGACUCAUCAGGAAUAAGACUGUAUUACACCCCCAGCCUGAGGCGGUAUGAUGCAGGAAUCAUGGAGCUGGGCCUCGUUUAUACUCCUAUCAUGGCUAUCCCUCCUACACAGCAUGCUUUCUACCUCAGUGGGUACUGCACAUCCAAGUGUACCCAGGCUGCCUUACCUGCAACAGGGAUCUUUGUAUUUGCAUCCCAGCUGCACACCCACCUGGCAGGCCGUGGGGUGAAGACGGUUUUGGUGAGGGGAGGCAAAGAGAUAGAGGUUGUUCAGGAGGACCAACACUUCAGUACACACUACCAGACAAUCCGAGUCCUUCUGAAAAUUGUGAACGUUUUACCUGGUGACGACCUCAUAACCAAGUGUACUUACAACACAGAAGACAGGAGCGGGCCUACAGUGGGAGGUUUUGGCAUCAUGGAGGAAAUGUGCGUGAACUACAUUCACUACUACCCUCGUACUCAGCUGGAGCUCUGCAAGAGCCACGUUGACCCAGGAUACCUGCAGAAAUACUUUAACUCCAUUAACAGUUUCCAUGGAAACGACCUGUGUGGUGAAUGUAGUGAGGUGAAUGUGACGGAGCAGUUCGUUCAGCUGCACUGGGAUGAUUUUACUGGAGAAGUGCUGGACACUCUUUACAACACAGCUCCCAUCUCCAUGCACUGCAACCAGUCCACUGCACGCCUCUUUCCUGGUAAGUGGGAAAAACAGCCCUUACCAGUGGUGACAUCUAUCCUGGAGAAACCUCACUACCCCUGCGAGGGAGGUGCGGUCCCCACCAGCUGACCCAACACAGCUCCAGGAUGGAGUGGGGUCAUUUCUGGUCAUUCCAGGCCAUCAGAGUUAUAGUUCAUAUUAUGACAUAUAUAUAUAUUAAGGCAUAUACUGUAUAUACUGUACAUGUCUGAUCCUCUCCUCUUUCCUCUGUGGUUCCUUGAACAUCUUUAGUGCUGAAUAAUAAAACUCAAACAUUUUAAGUUAAACAGACUUUUAAUUCACAAGUGUUUUGGACAGGAGACACAAGUCUGGAUUAACAGGAGUUUGGCUGGCCAUCACGGCUCUUCAGUUGUGAUUUUUCUUUGCAGCCCAAACAAACACGCACCUUCAACGAUUGUAUUUAACAGCUUAACAUCAAUAAAUUCAGUUCGUUUUUCUCUAAAGAAUCAAAUUCAACUAUUAUUCGUUCACAGAUACUGCAACAUUCACAUCACACAAUGUGAGAGGAGGAAAUUAUGCAAAAAAAAAAUACAAAAUUCUGCAAACCUCUGUGGUAUCUGCGUUUCAUCACGGUGUUUCACAUUUCCUACAUAAAUCUUGUUAUUAACCUAUGGUGCUCCUGAGAACCCCCAUUGCAAUGAUUUACAGCUUUCUGGCUACAAUCAAUGAAUCCUUCCACAUUAGUAAACACUCUGUGCUCACUGUGCAGCUGCAAACAUCACAGAGACAAGCGAGAGCAAUGCAUACAAAUGCAUUGUACUCUUUGUGCUUAACACAGCCUUACUCGCGGCUUCUGUUCGCCAAGUAUGUGAGAUAAACUUUGGGUCUCGUAGACGGCAAAUUUUUUUGUAACGUAGCAUGAACAAAAUUGGAAAUCUCACAAACUUCUGAAAACAGGUUGUAACACAUUGUGCUUGGCACUGCCAUCAAGUCCAGCGGCAGAUGAAGAAAAAAAAAGAGGAAUGUGACAUGGUAGAAAAAGCUCUGAGUAUCAAGGUUUUCUCGUACGAUCUGUCGAUAAAAUCAGAGACCUUCAAAAUAAAAGUCUAAUUUUUUUCCUAAAAUAAAAUUUACACAAAGUACCACAACUAGGAAUCUAAAACAGGAUGCAGACUUUAAAUGAAAACAUAUACAUGCAUAUAUAAUAUCUUAUUGAGCCCUUUUAUCAUUUCUUUGGUAAUAAGAACAAAUUUUGUCUGUUUUAUAUGAAACAUUACACACAGACGCACCAUUGUCAUGAAUUCUGUCCAAAGGUUCACUGAUAGAUUUUCUGAGUUAACUAGUUAGUCUUCACAGUUGUUAACAGAGUCCUAAAACUAA